CCGCUUUUGUGGUUCGUUGCAACACGUCUUUAUUGUUAAAUAUUUUGGAAGCUUGUUUCUUCAAUUUUGAAUAUUAAAUGCAAAGCUAAAGUUCAUUCAGUUUAAAGAAAACAUUUAGAAUGUUGAAAGUGAAAUAUAAUUAAAUCUUCCCCUUUGAACUCGAAUGACAUUUACCGUUCUUGAAGUUUGAACAUUACUGAUCUCCUAUUCGAAACAAAGCUUGCAAAAUGGAGAGGUACCAACGCAAAACUCCAUUGGAUGUUUUAAGAUCUAUGUGGGUUGUAAUCCGCAGCGCUCCAUUUGAAGAAAUCGAGCACACUCGUCUGGUACGACAAUUACAGAAAUUAUAUGUUCAUGCUGCCGAUCAAAUUGAAGUGUAUGUCAGCAAUGCCGUGGUGGAUGGACUCAUCCGAAUUGUUGAAAGACCAAAGAAACCAAAACCAAAAGCUGUGUACAUUUAUGGGCUACCAGAUAUUUCGAAUUUCUCGUUUCCAAAUGAUCAUCCAGAUUUCUAUUGUUAUGAGUGCCAUCAAGAAGGAAAUGUUAUCAAAUGUCUUGGAUGCCAUCGGGUGUUCCAUCGUUCGUGCACAAAGUCUACGGCUGCUAAGCAAGAAGAAAUGGAAGGUUUUAUUACCAAAUAUAAACGAGUUAACAUUUCUGCAUUUGGAUUACCUGAAAAUUCUUUGCGGGAUCGUGAAUCAGCGAUUAGUCCACCAAUUGAAGAACGACCAGGCCCUAGCCAAUCUUUCCCUGUAAUGCCCAGACCACGAAUAGAGCAUAUUGAAAGCAUGAAUGAGAACAGUAAUGUAAAUUUUUCCAUAAAAAGUGAAGGCAGUAGCCUGCACGUGAAGCAAGAGGGCGUGAAGGAGGAAACCAGUGAUGAACCUCAGUUUGUUGGAAUUAUUCGUCCUCCAGAUCGUCGUAUGGAAGAACGUCUCAACACUCCAACAAUCAAACCAGAGGAGAAUAGUUCUUCCAUGAUGGAUAAUGACGAAUUAGUCCACACGUACUGUUACCCAUGCCGUUUGGUACGAGGUAAUCAGUUCAAUACGCCACCAAAUUUGGGAAAGGAGGAAAUGAAUUAUCUACUUAAGUUCGUUGUUAAUGAGUACAAGUCUUGGCUUCCUGAAGAUACAUAUUCCCCGACUCGGCUUUUCAACCAUCGUCCUCAUGUCGCAGAAAUAGUAGACAAUUUAGAACUUUCCAAAAAACUUUUGAUACGUUCGCCACUCACAGUUGAAAUUAUACGACAAAAAGUAGAAGAAGUAAAAUACGAAACUCUGGAACAGUUCAGUAGUGAUGUCCUUGAUGUGGCUCAUAAUGUUGCAAUUAUUCAUGGAGCAAACUCGCUGGAGUUCAAUGCAGUUAUGUAUUUUGUUACGGACUGUUUGUAUGAUCUUCAUGAAAUUCGCCAAUGUCCAGAUUGUUUUCGACACUCGAAUGAAAAAGCCGAAGCUGAUUGGUUUGCUAGACCAUGUGUAACAAGACAUGAGCUAGUUUUCGCUAAACAAAAGGGCUACCAGUAUUGGCCGGCUAAAGUCAUACGCGUUCAAAACAAAAAAUAUGAUGUGCGCUUUUUUGGAGACCGCCACACGCGGGCCGUAAUUGAUGCUUCAAAUGUGAAACCCAUCGAUUCAGAUUUUCAGUCUCUCAAAAUAAACCCUAAGCAGCGCGGUUUCCACAAGGCAAUGGAAGAACUACAUAAACAUCAAGCUUUGAUAACACUUCCGAAAGAUUAUUACGCGUACGGAAGCCAUAACGUUACCCCCGCUGAAUUGAUACAACCAGGCUCGUGCUACAAACCAGUGUACUCUCCACCGGUGGUGGCAACAAAAAGUAAAGGAAAGAAGCGUAGAAUGAAAGGUCGACGAACGACAAAAGCAAAGAAACCAAAAAAUGAUGAUCCGCCUUCUUUUGCCAAGAGUGAUACUGUAGAAAAUACACCUGAGUCUACAAACAGUGAUGUGGUGCUUUUGAAUGGGUCAUCAAUGAAUUCAACUCUAGAUCGCUCGUGUGCGGAGGACAAAUCCGAUAACGUAGCAUUAACUAGGGAUGACCAAUCUAUACAACGUAGCCCGCGUAUUAAAUCGCAACUGAAGAAACAAUAUUCGGACGACGUUGUUAAGCUGAAAUAUUUAAUGGAUAAAAUGAGUGACGUUGAGAAGAUUAAGCAACUGGCUGUAGAUGCCUUACAAGAAGAUAUUAACAGAUGGCAACAAAAGAUCCGUACUCUGAUAGCUGAAUACAACAGUCGCAUAACUGAAGUGAAGCACAAACAAUGGUGUAAAAGCUGCGAGCACGAGGCCAUACUGCAUUGCUGCUGGAACACGUCUUAUUGUUCGAGAGACUGUCAGGAGAAGGACUGGCCCGACCAUAAACGUUCUCAUAAGUAUUCCAAAAAGUCAACGUAAGUUAGCCAUUUAUUUUGUUAUUCAUAGAUUGAAUAACACAUCUGUUUCUUAAGAUUUCCUUUAUUCCUUUUUUACAAUUUAUUAUUAUGUUUAUGCAUAAUUAUGCUUUAUUACUUGGAAAUUUAAACAUAAAGUAAUGAGCUAAUGCUCCAUGGAUUGGUU